GACGGGCCAGAGCAUUUGUGUUUCUCUUGGGAAAGGCAAGGAAGCCUGAAAAGCACAGCUAUCUUCAACUUUCCAAAGGGGAAUGAAUUUCUAAACAAGGAGGUUCGAGGCUUGCGCGGUAGGGGCCACUGGCUGGGCAUGGUAACUGUUGGUUGAAAACAUUGUUGCGAUCACUACUGGGGGCGAGGCAGUGCUUACGAAAGGUUUGGGGGAGGAGAACGAGGAGUGAGGGAUGGGACGGGCGGGGCAUAGCAGCUGAAGGUACGCAAAAGCGCUACUAGAAACCGCGCCUCCGUGGGCGAUCUGGGGGUGGGGGAGGUAAAGGGUGGUCUCAGAGCUUCAGCUCACAGGUCGUGGAGCUGCAGCGGCCAGAACAGCAGCAGAAGCGAGCAGGAAGGAGUUAGGACCGCUCGGAGCGCCCAGGUCUCGAGGUAGUAUAAGGUUUGCAAUCCCUCCACUUGCUGUUGCAGAAGAUCUGCUUUUAAGUGAAACGUACAAGCUACCCCUCGGAGGGCUGCGGCUUCCCGGGCUUGCUGGGCCCUCUGUCCCUUCUCCGGCCCCAGCGCUCACUCUGUCAUUCGCACGCGCCCCUAAGUUUGCCGGGAGCUCGCUGCCCGCUCGGCGCGGUCCGGCUGGGCGCCGCGGGUGGGGGCGGGGAGCCCGGGAGCCGCAGUCCAGGAGCGUCGUGGGCCAUGUAUAUUUCAUCAAAUGGACUUUGGGUGCGUCGCGUCUCGCAGCAGUCAACGGUAUGUGCAGUGACAUUUCUGACUUGAGUGGAGGAAUGCGCGAAGGAAGCCCGGGCGAAACUGGUACUCGAGGAUCUUCUUGGCGCCAAUGCUAAUUGUCCUGAUUUAUGUCCCUUCUGACUAAGCUCAACGUCUUCAUCUGAAAUAAAAUGAAAGCUGUGCCAAGCGGCGUAGAACCUCCCGGCCGCUGGUUCUGAUCCCCGGCAAUCAGGAAAUCGUCCUGCAGCCUAAAAAAAAAAAUUAAAGGAAAAAAAGAAAGAGCGAGCGAGCGAGAGAAAUAGAAAUAGAAAAAAAAAAUCCCUCAGUAAAAGUUUACGGCGAGAAGUGGCAGAGGCAGUGGCGCGAGGAGGCGAGGAGGAGAGCCGGCAAGCGGGGGACUGGUCCGGCAAGACCUCGCGAAGGCUGCGAUUUCAUUAUUAACAUCACUAUAUUUUUGGAGGGAGAAGCACCUUUCUCAUCCUCCCUUCCUCUCCGCCCACCCCUGUUCCCUCCCCCUUGUCUACCUGUCAAAGUCACUGAUCUUUUGCAUUUCGGAAGAGGACGUCAACGGGAAGGAAUUCCCCUCUGGGUGAGAGCUCCGAGAGGGGGCGACGCGCGGGAGGCGCCCCCACAGGGUCCGGAGACGCAGGGUGUUGGUGCCAGAAGAAAAGAAUGUCUGAUGAGAAACAGACACAGGGCUGUGGACAUUCAUCCUUUUGCUUCAGACACUGAUACCUCAGUGCAUCAAAGCAUUCCUUGUGAGCCGUGCCGUGAACACCGAGGACCACCCAGGGUUAUCGGAUAUACAACUGGAGAGACAUCACUUUGCUAAAUCAUUAUCUGCUACUGGGCAUCUUUUACAAAAUCCAAACUAGAUUUGAGUCUUAUAGAUAUAUUCUAGGACAACGAAAAAGUUGCAAGUUGUUAACGUCUAAUGCACAAGUAUGUUAGGCUUCCACCAAAGUUCUCAAUAUACCUGAAUGUGCACAAUCUCUUCACCCUCCACUUUUAGUUUUGGAAUCUACUUUGCGGUCUCAUCCUCUUUAUAUAUAUAAUAUUAUAUAUAUAUAUGCACAAUAUAUAUAUAUUAUAUAUAUAUAUAUAUAUAUAUACACACACACAUAUAUAUUAAUAUAUAUAUACAGACAUACCUAUAUAUAGACAUAUUUAUAUGUGAAAUAGACAUAAAUCACAGAUAAGCAAACCCUGCUUUAUUACCACGAAGACUGCCAAGAACAUAGAGAUGUAUUUGUCACAAUUCCUGUCAAUUCAUGCCCUUUGGGUUACGGUGUCCUCAGUGAUGCAGCCCUACCCUUUGGUGUGGGGACAUUAUGAUGUGUGUAAGACACAGAUUUACACAGAAGAAGGGAAAGUUUGGGAUUACAUGGCCUGUCAGCCAGAAUCCACGGACAUGACCAAGUACCUGAAAGUGAAACUGGAUCCUCCAGACAUUACCUGCGGAGACCCUCCUGAGACAUUCUGUGCAAUGGGCAACCCCUACAUGUGCAAUAAUGAGUGCGAUGCGAGCACCCCUGAGCUGGCGCACCCCCCUGAGCUGAUGUUUGACUUUGAAGGAAGACAUCCCUCCACAUUUUGGCAGUCUGCUACUUGGAAGGAGUACCCCAAGCCUCUCCAGGUUAACAUCACUCUGUCUUGGAGCAAAACUAUUGAGCUCACAGACAACAUAGUUAUUACCUUUGAAUCAGGGCGUCCUGAUCAAAUGAUCCUGGAGAAAUCCCUCGAUUAUGGACGAACAUGGCAGCCCUAUCAGUAUUAUGCCACAGACUGCUUAGAUGCUUUUCACAUGGAUCCUAAAUCCGUGAAGGAUUUAUCACAGCAUACGGUCUUAGAAAUAAUUUGCACCGAAGAGUACUCCACGGGGUAUAUGACAAAUAGCAAAAUAAUCCACUUUGAAAUCAAAGACAGGUUUGCGUUUUUUGCUGGACCAUGGCUACGCAACAUGGCUUCCCUCUACGGACAGCUGGAUACAACCAAGAAACUCAGAGAUUUCUUUACAGUCACAGACCUGAGGAUAAGGCUCUUGAGACCAGCAGUCGGGGAAAUAUUUGUAGAUGAGCUACAUUUGGCACGCUACUUUUACGCAAUCUCAGACAUAAAGGUGCAUGGAAGGUGCAAAUGUAAUCUCCACGCCACUGUGUGUGUGUUUGACAACAGCAAACUGACCUGUGAAUGUGAGCACAACACUACAGGUCCAGACUGUGGGAAAUGCAAGAAGAAUUAUCAGGGCCGACCUUGGAGUCCAGGCUCGUAUCUCCCCAUCCCCAAAGGCACUGCGAAUACCUGUAUCCCCAGUAUUUCCAGUAUUGGUAAUUGUGAAUGCUUCGGCCACUCCAAUCGAUGCAGUUAUAUCGAUCUGCUAAAUACAGUCAUUUGCGUGAGCUGUAAACACAACACUAGAGGGCAGCACUGUGAGUUAUGCAGGCUGGGCUACUUCAGAAAUGCUUCUGCACAGCUGGACGAUGAGAAUGUGUGCAUAGAGUGUUAUUGUAACCCUUUGGGCUCAGUCCAUGAUCGUUGUAAUGGCUCAGGAUUUUGUGAGUGUAAGACUGGAACGACAGGGCCUAAGUGUGAUGAGUGUCUGCCAGGAAAUUCCUGGCGCUACGGCUGCCAACCGAAUGUCUGCGACAACGAGCUCCUGCACUGCCAGAACGGAGGGACGUGCCACAACAACGUGCGCUGCCUGUGCCCGGCCGCGUACACUGGCAUCCUGUGCGAGAAGCUGCGGUGCGAGGAGGUGGGCAGCUGCGGCGCCGACUCGGGCCAGCGGGCGCCCCCGCGCGGCGCCCCCGCGCUGCUGCUCCUGGCCGCCCUGCUGGGGACCGCCGGGCCCCUGGCGCUCUAGGCGCCGCGGCCCGCCGCCCGCCGAGCCUGUACCGCGGGGAAGCCGGCGCGCCCCGGGCACUCGCGCCCGACACAGGAACACACUCAGACACCCCACGCAGACACAGUGUACAAGCUAAGAAGGCCUAACUGACCUAAGCCAUAUCUAUCAGCCGUGGACGGCACGUCCGAGUCAAGACUGUUAAUUUCUGACUCCCGAGGAGUUGGCAGCUGUUGAUAUUAUCACUGCAAAUCACCUUGCCAGCUGCAGAGCUGACUGCCGAUUGGAAAGGCUGGGACAGCUCCCGGACUAGACCGACGAAAACGAAAUCAGCCAACCUACAGACAUUCGCUGCCCUCCGUGGGGAGGCCAGCGCCUCCCGGCCGCGCGGACCGCCGCCCGGAGGCAUCGAUCUUCAUUGCUGGCAGUGCGCUGUGGGUAUAAGGAGAUCUGUUCCGAGCUGCCACAUUGGCCUGCUUCAGCCCCCGAGCCCCUCCCGACCUGUGCUUUAGUGAACGUUGCUCUGUAACCCCCGUUGGUUGAAAGGUUUCUUUGUCUGAUGUUAGUAAUGCACAUGUGUAACAGCCCCUCCAGAAGCUCAAGCCAGUCAUACCCCAUAUAUCCUAGCCGCACCGAGUCAACCGGUGCGAGCACACAUCCACUGGCCACGAGUGGCUCUAGGGGAAACAGAAAGUGUAUCUAUCCUUUUGUAUUCAAAUGAAGUUAUUUUUCUUGAAAUACUGUAAUAUGUAGAUUUUUUGUAUUCUUGCCAAUUUGUGUUAGCAGACAAUCCGUUAAUGUACCUAACUCGAAUCAGCAGAGACUGACACUUUGUUUUAUCCUCUUUCGUUCUGUUUUGUUUCAUUGUGCAGAGAUUUCUCUGUAAGGGCAACGAACGUGCUGGCAUCAAAGAAUAUCAGUUUACAUAUAUAACAAGUGUAAUAAGAUUCCACCAAAGGACAUCCUAAGUGUUUUCUUGUUGCUUUAACACUGGAAGAUUUAAAGAAUAAAAAUUCCUGCGUAAACGA